AUGAGCGAAGUGCUGAUGGGCGUGCGCGUGAUGAAGAUGUACGCGUGGGAAGAGUCGUUUGCGCGGGUGGUUCAGAGCCUACGAUCACAGGAGAUGAUACAUGUGAGGAAAGCGGCUGUUAUGCGAGGCUUCAACUACGCCAUGUUCUUCGCAUCGCCGUCCAUUAUCACGUGUGCGAUCUUUGUCACAUACCAUUUGACGGGCAAUCAGCUGACGUCGAAGAAGGUCUUUACAGUGCUGUCGCUUCUGUCUGUGCUCGCCCUGACGCUUACACUCUUUGUGCCCUUUGCAGUACAGG